CAUUUAUUGUCAGCAGUACUUAAAUCUGAAAUGUAUACGAUAUUUGAUUUUUUAGUUAUUUGUAUAUCUUUUAUUUUUAAAUUACAAAGCUGCCGUUAUUCUUUAGUUUUAAAACUUACCCGGGACGCGGCAUAAACUUGCGCCAUUUGUCUAAAGUAUUUACGCGUUUCACAACACUGGAACUAAGCUACGCCGGCAUUUUUGGCCAUUAAUUAAAAAAGAAAAAAGUUGCUUUCACUGACGUAGCUUUUGGCGGAGUUUUGCAAGAACUCUAGGAAAAAAAGGGAGACUCCAGUCAGUGCUGGACCCACACUUGGCUAGGAUCCGUGCUACGUCAUGGCCUUGCCUUCGAUCUCGACGCUGGUGGGCGUGGCGUUCUUAGCCUACAUCCUAAAUUCGAUCUACCAAAUGUCACAGUUAUUUACGACGCUACAAUGCAGCAGCUCCCCCUGCUACACGUCCUUUCUGACCGAGCGUCCGCGCUUGCAAUUGGCCCUGUUCACUUCGCAGAACCGGAACCCCAUCGCCAGUGAAGUGCAUGAUGUGUAUAAGGCGAAACGUUUCAAUUAUGCGCAAGCCUUCGAUCACGACUUUCAGCUCGAUGUGCCGCUCAAGACGCGACGGAAUGGCACCCUGUAUCUGCAUGUGGUGCUGGCCUUGGAGGGUGAGCCCCUCGAAUGGCGCACCUUGAAACGCGAUGGACCCACAGUGGUGCAUACGCUUAAUCUCUGUGAUUAUAUGGUGCCACGUGCCGAGGCCUUCAACCUGAUCAAUCAGAAGGAUAAGCCGGAGCCCAGCGAGCAGCAGCAGGUGAAAAAGAAGAAGAGGACAAACGUCAACGCAGAUCUGCCCAGCACACAUAUACGCUCCAAUGUGUAUGUGACGCUGCUAACAGAUGCAUUCGCUCUAUCCCAAGCGGACUUGCCGCCCGAAUUGGCGCCACUGAUCCGAGUGAAUCGCAUGCAACAGAUUUUGCCCAUCGUGCAGACGGAUAUGUUCAAUACGAGACUGAAGCAUCUGGUGCCAGUGACCAGCAACACCACCGAAUUUACGUUUAGCUUCCAUUACAAGCCCGUUGGCGUGGGCAAGCUGCGACUGAUGCUGCUCAUGGAGCAUGCCACACAGACCCUCCAGUCCAUUGGCUUUGCCGAGAAGGACAUUGACGAGGUCAAAGGCAUAUUUUCCGAUACGAACGUAUAUCUGCUCUGUGGCACUAUCUUUGUAUCCAGCGUGCAUAUGCUGUUUGACUUCUUGAGCUUCAAGAACGAUGUCUCCUUUUGGCGCAAGAAGCAAUCCUAUGAGGGUCUAUCCACACGAACCACCUUGUGGCGCGCCUUCUCGCAGUUCAUCAUCUUUUUAUAUUUGCUGGACGAGCAGACCUCCUAUUUGGUGAUUGUGCCCGUCGGCCUAGGCACGCUGAUCGAGCUGUGGAAGUGCAAGAAGAUCUUGCGCCUGCAUUUCAGUUUCACAUCGUUCAUCACACGCAAACUGCAGGAGUCUGAGCAGCCAGAGCCCGGCCAGCUGGCCGAGCAGCAGACGCAGCAGUUCGAUCGCGAGGGCAUGCGCUAUCUAAGCUAUCUGCUCUAUCCACUGUGUCUGGGCGGCGCUGCCUACUCGCUGCUCUAUCAGCCGCAUCGGUCAUGGUACAGCUGGACGCUCAACUCGCUUGUGAAUGGAGUCUACGCAUUUGGCUUUCUGUUCAUGCUGCCCCAACUGUUUGUCAAUUACAAGCUCAAGUCUGUGGCCGCGCUGCCCUGGCGCGCCUUCAUGUACAAAGCAUUCAACACGUUCAUCGAUGACUUCUUUGCCUUCAUCAUCACAAUGCCAACGGCCCAUCGUGUCGCCUGUCUGCGCGACGAUAUUGUCUUCCUCAUCUAUCUCUACCAGCGCUGGCUGUACCCUGUGGAUAAGACACGCGUCGAUACGGGCCUGGCCAUUGAAGAGCCAACACGAUCUAAUCGCGCCGACGCACAUCCCAAACGGGAUUAGCCAAAGAUACA